GUCUUGUAGCCAAUCAACAAGUCAGCCGUUUGCCCAGAGUCAAACAGGAUUUAGAGUGUACAAUUUCUCUAGAAUUUUCGUGCUUAAGUCCAACUCCCUAGCUUAUAAAGUUUUCGAGAUCUCAGACUUCUUACGGACAGACGGAGAGAUGGACAUGGCUAUUUCAAAUCGGAUAGUGGUGCUGAUCAAGAACACAUAUACAUUAUAGGGUCGAAAACGUUUCCUUAUAUGUUUCAGAUACUUUUGCUUAUUAAAUUUAAGUACUAACUUCUCUGUCUAGGAAAUUUCGGUAUUCACAUAUUUCUAGUAGUUAUGAAUAAAAUUCCAAAUCAAUAAUAUGGUUUUAAAAGAACUUCGGUUAAACUCAUCAUUAUUGGCCAUCUUAAGUCAUAAAAAAUAAGAACCCUAAUAAGCCAGUCCAAAUACAGGGCUUUAACUUAGUGUUGGUGGUACUAUUUAUAGAUUUCGCCACCCUUCGGUGCAUCGUAAUAAAAACAGCGAUAUGCUAAGCUAUGGGCAUAAAUUAAAGGUAGUAUCCUUCGAUGUCCUGACAUUGAAAAUUAGCAGGCGCGUUUCGACCCACGCUGACCCAAAAAGACUAAUCAGAUCUGACAGGUGGAAGUGCGCCGGCGGAUAUAAAAGAGGCUUUCAGCGGCGGAAAGUGCAUCAGAUCCUUUCCAGCAGCAAAACCAGCAAGACUAUGAUGUUCCGCACUGUGUUCCCUUUGCUUCUGGUCCUGAUCCCACUCCUGGGGUGCGCAGAAGCGAUCAGCCAUAGCCAACGCCUUUGCGGACCCAGCCUGAUAGAGACAAUGAUGAUGAUGUGCCCCGAUGGAUUUAGCGGAUACUAUCAAAAACGAAACUCCAUGAUUUUUGAUUAUGUGAACGCCGAGGCGGGUGAUGAAAAUGAGGUCUCCGGAGAACACCAUGGCCGGAUAAACUCACUGACGGGUUUGCGGCGCAUUUACCGGGGUAUUUUCGACGAAUGCUGCCUCAAACCGUGCCACAGAAACACGAUGCUGAAGUACUGCAAGGAAUAAAUGCAAACAUUUGUUACGAUACCUGUUUCUUCCCUAUUAAUUGAGCACGAUACAUUAUGUUAUGAUUAUGAUAAUCACACCUUUGAAUAAUGCAAAUAAAAUAAAUAACUUUAUGA